AUGACCGACGGGGAUAGCGACGACGCCGACGCCUCAAACUUCGUCGCGCCCGAUGCGGCCUACAUCCUACACUACCAGCAACAUAUCACCGCUUCCCGCGCGCACCUCGCUGGUUCCAAUAGCUAUUUUGGCAAGCUUUCCCCCUCAUACCACGCCCCAGAUGCUGUUUGGUCGAAGGACGAAAAAUCUACGUUUUUUGGCGCGCUCGCGCGACACUCGCGUCUGCGCCCAGACCUUAUCGCCGCCGACAUCGGGCCUACUAAGACAACGCUAGACGUCUGCGUGUACUUGGAUGCGUUGCAUGCGGCCUCUGAAUCUCGUGAGCGCACCCAUGGGAGGAGCGACAGAUAUUUCAUCCCUAUUGCGACUGAGGCGUCGCCCGCGCUCAUCGCGUACGAAGAAGAUCAGGCGGCACGCCUUGCUACGCUAGAACCCGCGGCGACUCGGCGCGCUGUUGAGCGCAUGCACGAGGAGGAAGCGCACGCGCAUCGUAUCGCUCUGCGCCGGCAGGGUGGUGGCAGAACCUCUGAGCGCGACCGAGAACGCGAACGGGAGAAGAGGAAGAAGUAUGAGAAGUGGAGAGGAGAUCAAGAGGCGUUGUGGAGGAGAGAUGCAUUGAUUGAUGAGCUGGAUCGCGUUGGACUUGGUGUCUUAGAUGGUAUGUUGCGAGAGGAGGCCACGAUCGCGAUGAGUAUGCAGGACGAGAACGAAACGGAUGAAGGCGCCUUACCUCAGGCUUUUGCUGCUCUUCCCUCAGCCAGCACCGAUGACGCCAACGAAGAUGACGAAUGGAUGAUUGAUCCCGUUCUCCGCCAACCGUCUCGUUCUCGUUCUCAAAAACAAACUCCCGUCUCAACCCGGGUGCCCAUCUCACCCCACACUCCCCUCCCGCUGUCUAGCCAUGUAUCCUCAGGUGUUCACACGGCUGCCUCCCCGAUGCCUUCAACGCCUCCUCCCGAGUUCGGCGAUCCUGGAAUCGCUGUACCUGACAUACGGAAUCUCUCUCCCGCCUCUCGCCGCCGUCUCCGUAAGCGCUUAUACAUGCGCCGCAAGCGCGCUCAGGUCUCAGGUAGUGCUGUCUCGCUACACGUUGGACGACUCAAACCCGGGCGCAAGCGCAAGGACGAGGGCGAAGCUGUGCUGUCAACCCCAGUCAGCCUGGCGGUGAAAGCAGGCAUAAAAGCCACUGAAGGAGGCGAAGGAGAGGCAGCGAAUAGCAGAAAGAGGAAGGGAAUAAAAGUAAGAGGACUUACGCCUCAAGAAAAAUUCAAGCGAGCGAUGGACGCUUCAGGCGUCAACGCAUCGUAUCUUUCGCGACCAGACAUUGGUUUGGACCUAUUCCAUCUCUCAGCACUUGGCGGGCUCGCGCGUUUGUAUGCUACGCUAGAUGCUGAUGCAAGACGUGAAGAGCAAGACGGCGCCAAUGACACAAAAAUCGGGACUAUCCCUGAAAGAAUGCUGGCAGGCCCUAUGAUCUCACAAUUGCAUACGCUCGUGCGCAAUUUUGUACGCGAUGUUGCCGUGAGGGCGAUCGUGCAUCGCGAGAAGGAGCACUCUCUCAAGACGAAGGUGUGGAGGUUGGGCGAGCGACAGGUCGUGAAUGCGAACGUGGAGCAUGCACUUGAAGAGAUGGGCGUUGAACCACGCAUGCAAAGUCGACGAGAGUAUUUGGCUCAGCUGGUGAGACGAUUUGGGGGAGAGAGUGAGUUGGAUGGAAGCGAAGGCGAAAGCGAAGGAGAGGGAGGAGAGGAAGAGGGAAGGACAGGCAAGCGCAAGCGGAGACUGUCGCGAAGUGCAGACAACGAUAGUAGCGGGGAGAGUGCUGAUACAGGAGAUGAAGAUGAAGAUGAAGAAAAGCAAAAUGGAUCGGCUCAUACAUUCGCACCCGUAUCGAUACACAGGCAAAUGUAUGCACCGUUCAUCCACACUCAUCCACCCCUGGGUCGUGGAUCUGCAAAUCAAGGCGACGACGUAGAGGGAUCAGACGAUAGUAUAGAUGAGGAAGCGCUGCUGCGCGAGAUGGAAGAGGAGAAGGCGUUGGAUAAGUACGACAUUGCCAAGGAGAGGCGGGCAGAGGCAUGGAUAUGGCGGAUGCUGAAAGCCACUCGUGGAGUCAACACAGAAGGCCUGGAGAGUUCGGAGAGCACAUCGGAGAGCACAGGGAGUACGUCAGAUAGCACAGGAAGCACGGAGAGCGUGAAGGGUGAGGGAACGGACGAGGAGGAAAGUGACGAGGAGGGGGAUCAAGCAGAAGAGAGGAAGCGCAGGAAGCGACGCAAAGUCGACGAUGACAUAGAGGAUGCGCCGAUCUACCGAGCGCCGGACGGGAACAAGAUCAAAAGUGCAGUGUUCGUCGACGAUUCCGACGAGGACGAGGACGAUGACGAGUAG